GUCUCUCUGGGUGUGUUGUUGGGUUUUUAAGAAUUGGAUAAGGGUAAGGAACUGGGCAGAGAAAGGACACACAACCACGCACAAUGAGGACUUUACUGGCGGUACUGGUGUUGGCUAUCUCAUCAGCUGCUUUAGAAGCAAAGCCUAAAACACGUUUCACACGCUACCGCUCAUGGAACUCACAAAUGUAUCCAGUGUGGAAAGAUGGGGACUCCCGAUACAGAGACUGUUGGACAGGUGGCGAAGUUACAUUCGAUGUGAAAAACGAUGCACCCACCCUGACUGGCUCAAAGGCAACCUUUAACAUCAACCUUCGCCUUCCGUCAAACCAGACAGUACGUCCUGAUGGACAGGUGGUGUGGGUGCAUAACUGCACUGUCAAUGGAACACAGUACCGUCAGGGCCAGGCUGUGUACCCCGACCAGGUCUCUGGUCAUUCAGGAGAGUACAGUGGUGUUUUCCCUGAUGGCACCCCCUUCACUGGGACAGCAGACAGGAAACCCCACUACGUGUUUGUGUGGACGACAUGGGGACGUUACUGGCAGGUGGCAGGCGGGCCCUCCUCUUCUCUCACCAUCGGCACAGACAAUGUGCCCCUAGGCUCUUACAACAUGGAGGUGGUCAUCUACCACUGCCGUGGCAAGGACAAGUUCAUCCCUCUGGGCUACGCCUCCACAACCUUCUCCAUCACAGACCAGAUCCCCUUCACGGUGUCGCUAACCCAAAUUAACGAUGUGAACCAGGCUGAUCAGAGCUUCAUCCAGAACCGGGCCAUUGUCUUCAGCAUCAGCCUCCAUGACCCCAGCCAGUACCUCAGCACCUCAGACGUCACCUUUAACUGGGACUUUGGUGACAACAGCGGUACCCUUAUCUCCAAGGAGCGCCAGGUCACACACAUGUACCUCACCGCUGGCACCUACAGGCCUCAGGUGGUCCUGAUGGCAAGCAUCCCCAACGGCUGUGACACGCCUGCAGACCCCACCACUGCUAACCCCACUGUAUUGGCCAGAGCCCCUGCCAUGGUUGUGGUGGUCUCUACCCCAGAGGCAGCUCCAGCUGACAUCGCCCUGGAUCUACUCGCCUCUGAUGUUGCCCCGGCUGAGGCUGCAGAUACAGUUGCAGCCAAUGACACAGAUGCAGUCGAAGCCGAUGCCGCAGUCGAACCCGCAGACACAGCCAAUGCCGCAGCCGAACCCACUGCCGAAGGCACAGCCUCAGAGGGAGUCGAGGUGGUUGCCACAGUGGCCCCUGCGACAGAGGAUGCCACUGCUGUCCCAGCAGCAGAAGAUCCAGCUGUUGUCUCGGCAACAGAGGACAAUGCCGCUGUCCCUGCAGUAGAAAACGACGCCACAGCAGAAAACACGGCUGCUCCAGGCGUUGAGGACCCCGCCGCUGUCCUGGCUGUGGAGGGAGCCACAACUGUCGCUCCAGCAGCUGAAGAGGCAGCUGCUGAAACCUCAGUGGUACAGGCUACGGCCGCAGGUGUGCCCGUCAUCGACGCUGCUUCAGUAGCUCCAGUUGCAGAGGGAGAGGAGGCUAUAGUGGACCUGAUGGCCACAGUCCUCCCAGAGAUCCCCGUCGUAGCCUCCGUUGCUGCCACGGCGGAGGAGGCCUUGGUUGCCGAUACUGGAGUGGAGGUUGCGGCUGCAACACAGGUGGCCCAGGCUGAGAUGGUGGCCCCUGCUGCUAACGUCAUUGUUCCUGCCGACACUGAGGCUGCCGCUGUGGUGGAGGUGGUGCCAGCUGGACCUGCUCUUGAGACCGAGGCAGCGCUAGAGGCAGAGGUCGUAGAGACUGUGAAUGAGGUUGCAGCUGUGGCUCUUGUUGUGGCUAAAAGGCAGGUUCCGGAACUUACAGCAACUGACAACUGUAUGAUCUACCGCUAUGGCUCCUUCUCGACCUCAGUGGAUGUCGUCCAGGGUAUUGAGAGUGUGGAGAUCACCCAGGUGGCCAACGUGGUGUAUCUGGCAACUGAGGUGGUGCAAAAUGCUGUGGACCUGACCAUCACAUGCCAGGGGAGCCUGCCCAAUGAAGUGUGCACCAUUAUCUCGGACGCAGACUGCAUCACCCCUGUGGAGACCGUUUGUAACAACGUGACACCCUCCCCAGAUUGUCAGAUGAUACUUCGACAGUUUUUCAAUGAAUCUGGAGUGUUCUGCAUCAAUGUUUCCCUGACAAAUGAUGCUAGUCUGGCAGUGGCCAGUGCUAAAGUCAGUGUGACAGUGGGCUCCAACUCCUCCCCAGCAGGCACUGUGGCCGCGGUUCUGGGUGUCUUGGUCCUUGUCUGUGUUGUUGGUGCCAUCGCUUUGACCUACAAGCGGUUUAAGCAGUAUCGCCCACUGAGGGAGGACUCCACAGGUGGCAGCAUGGGCAGCUCUGGAAUCACGUCUGUGCCGAUGCUGCUGUGGAAUCUUCUGAGCCAACAGACACCAGGAGAAAGAAGCCCACUGCUUCAGGGAAGCGUGGUGUGAACACUCCGAACCAUCUGCAAUGAUACAGCACAAACCCAUGCAUGUAAAUAUCACUCAGACACACACAUCCACUCAGCAUGCAUGUGUACCCAUAAAGACACAUACUGUACACUUGCAGACUCAGACACACACAGCCACCCUAUAAUGUGGAGACAAACUGCAACAAGAACAAGCAAUAUAAAUCAGUUGUUUUCUGUAUUGUUACACUGAAAGCAAAUUUAAUAAAAACGAUCGUGUAUUGCUAAAGUUUUUCAACAUAGAACAAAAAAGAAACCCCCAAAGGCAAAAUUAACGUUUGUUUCUGGCAUUGCAUUACUUGUGACAAAAUAUAAUAUUUAUUUUGACCCACAUACUUUUUUAUUUAAGAAAAACUGAUUAAAGUCAAAAAUCAAAUAAUUUAUGCUGUACUUUUUGUGUACUUGUUACGCACUAUUCUUUAGAAUGUAAUCAUAACAAUGAAUGAUUGUCUUUUAAGCUUCCAACAUAUUAAUUUGCUUUGCUAACUGUUCUAAUUUGAAUUGCCAAUAACAUCACAGCACUUUUGUUUUUAUAACAUAUUUAGUGUCCCCUCAAAAGGAAGUAUUUACAUUUCAGUGACGUAAGAAUUUUCAACUAUACCUCAAAAUUAUAACGUUCCGAGUCCGAACUAAUCUUGCAUCCUUGAUUUUGUCCUCCAUGCCCUUACGGGUUGAGUGGUUUAUAUAUAUAUUAUAUAUAUAAAAAAUGGCUUAUUAUUGAAAGGUAAAGUCUAUUCAACAUUUAACUGUUAUGGGUUUUUUCAUUACUUAGCCACGAAUAAAGAGAAGGAACCCAUUCCUGAAGUAGCACAGAGGUUUGGCCACAGGGUGUCAUGGUAGAAGUACUGUAACAUUAAAAGGAAUUGAUUGAAGUAUAAGGCUAAUGUACGUACUGAAAGGAAUUAGGUUAAAUCCAAGUAAGUUAGGGAAAAUUAUCUCAAGACUGAAUAGAGCUCUAAUUGUCAUCACAUUCAAUACUAAAGUGUC